GUGCGUCUUAUCAUCACUGAAUAAAUGUGCCAAAUCAGUGAGGCAGCCGUACUUUGCCUCUAAAGAUCAUCAAAACCUCAAAAAACCCUAAUCAGACUCCAAAGAUUUACUGAGCUUUUAUACAUUAGUUUAAUCUGUAAGACUAAAAACACACGGACUACUAUGUUUGAUACCGACAUGCAUACAUAAGCACCUGUGUUACAUACAUGGGUUCCGUGGAAGAGUAGAAAUCAAAAUGUCCAAUUCUGGAGGCUUUGCUGUUUCUCGGAGUCACGGCGCAGACAGAUUCUACAGCCCGCCGGCGGUACGCCGUCAGCACCAGCAGAUUCUGUUGCAGCAGCAAGAGCAGCUCAUGAAACUCCAGCAGCAGCAGCAGCUGUUGCAGAGAACAACCGUGAAAGCCGAGGCAGCUGCUUCUGCGUCGGCUGAGGAUGGGAAUCCGGCUCAAUUUGACGAUUCGGUGACGGCAUUGGCUAAAAAGUUAUCAGCUUGCUCUUCAUCUCCGCCAGAGCGGUCAACUAAAGUCACCAACUUGGAUCGCUUGCUGGAAUCGGUUACUCCCUUGUUGUCAGCUCGACACUUUUCUGAGGUUAAUGUGAGAGGAGGAAUAACUGAUAAAGCGGAUUCAAGUGCAUAUUUUUGCCUUGAGGAUCUUUGGGAAUCCUUUAGUGAGUGGAGUGCAUAUGGAGUGGGUGUGCCCCUAUUGUUGAAAGGAAAAGACCAAGUUGUACAGUAUUAUGUUCCCUUUUUGUCUGGGAUACAGUUGUAUGUAGAUGAUCCGAUGACAUCUUCUUCUUGCAUUAGGAGGGGUAGUGAAGAAAAGGAUUUUGAAACUAGAGAGAUGAGCAAUGGCGUCAGCAGUAACUGUGAAGUAGAUAAGAAAGAUGCUACUGACGAGUUACCAAACGGAAACAUCUCUAAAAAAGAAACCAGUAUGAGCUUUUCUGGUGUAGAAGCUGGAAAUGGCAAAUCUAACGGUCAACUCUUGUUUGAGUAUAUGGAACAUGAACAACCACACCACCGUAGACCAUUGGCUGACAAGGUUGCAAUUCUGGCAUCUCAAUUUCCAGAGUUGAAGAAGUGCCGGAGUUGUGAUUUGAUGCCAUCGAGUUGGAUUUCUGUUGCUUGGUAUCCAAUAUAUAGAAUACCCAUAGGGCAAACGCUUCGGGAUUUGGAUGCAUCUUUUUUAACUUUUCAUACCCUGUCCACACGAUCUCAAGGUCGUGUUACACCUCAACUUCAUAGCUCAAGAGAUAGGAAAACUAAUGGAAGGAAAGCUGCUUCAUCAAAAUUUUCUCUACCAGCUUUUGGCCUUGCUUCAUACAAACUGAGUGGAUCUCUUCUUAGUCCAAGUGGACCCCAUGAAUCUGAGCAAGGAAACAAUCUCUUGCAGGCUGCUGUGAGUUGGCUUCGGGAUUUGCAGGUGUAUCUUCCUGAUUACCAAUUUUUCAUCUCACAUAAUUCUCAAUGGAGAUGACAACAGCACUGGAAACUUGAGAGUAAAUGUUUAGACACAGUUUUUAUGUGUCACUGUGUCCUUUUAAUAGUUGCGUUUAAAAAGUAGGAGAAUGUUUCCCCAAAUGCGGCCAUUAGUUCUUGGGAAAUCACCCUGAUAGUGUCGAAAAUUUUGGAACAUUUUGUACCUUACAUACUGCACAUAAAAAUUUAUACUUGUAUCAAGUGCGUCUCAGUAUAAGAUUAUUUAAAACCUUAAACAGACCCCAUGUUGUAAACUUUCCUUCUUUAAUUUAUUAUUAUUAUUUCAGUUCCAAAAA